CGAGCUCGUCGCUUGGCCGACAAGUAUCGUUCAGAUGCUUUCUAGAUCCUGCUAGAGCGCAGCUGGAUCGACAUAUUGGAUUCUGCGCCAGGGUUCACAAUGGACAAGAAGAAGAGAUACGUUGACAGGCUUACCGUGUAGAGUCGAGUUGACGCAGGCCCAGAAUUCGGUCUGAAAGGAAGAAGAUAAUCGUCCAAGAAAAUGUGUAAAUCGAGUCGAACGUAAAAAAUACAUUGAAAGAGAGAGAGGGAGAGAGAACGAUGAAUCGUUGGCAAGAAUCGAGCAGUUUUAAAUACAACUUUGCAGUCAAAGUGUUGCGAACGUUAAGGACGUAAACGAUAGCGAACCGAGGAGACGACGCAGGUAUUUCUGUCGCGGUAUAUUCUGGGAGCUAUGCGCUGCCAAGCCUCGUCGCCAUUUUCGAAAGGGUUGCAUUUUUCUUGCAAAAAACUAGACACGAUGAGUGGAGAACGUUCUUUCGAUCCAGUUCAAUUUCAUUGUCAGAGAAUUGAAAGUACAACUAAAGAUAAAUAAACUAAGGAACGACUUGUAUGUUUUACAAUAACGAUUGUAACGACUGUCGGCCAGCCUGCUUCGAGUAACUCGUCACUGCAGACAUUGAUAAAACUUGAUGAAAGGUAAAUGUUUGAGAGAAGCGUACCUUGGAGCAGACACUGCGACACGAUCCGGCGGCCAAAGAACAACAGGACAUCUCUGGAACAAAUAAAGCAGAAUUGAAUAGGAGAUCUGUCGGAAGGAUGCGAAAACAUGUGGCAACUAGAACUCGAGGAUCCCAUAGGCUAUAGACCUAGACGAUCCUUUCCUCGCAUUUUCCCUAGACACAAAACAGAUGCGUGUCCUGCGUUACGUCAAUUCGGAUAGAGAAAGGAUCUGCUUUUCUGCUACCGGAUGAGGAUACGUAAGGCAUGUCAAAGCUGGAGGACCAUCUCUCAAACUGCUUUCUUUGAUCGUGAAAAGGUUCAGUUGAUCGUGAAAACACAGGAGGUGUUGCUCGUUGAAAUGAAUUUGCUGACGAUUUACUUUCCGUGCAUGCACGCUUCAAGUAUUUGCCUCACGCACCCUUCGAACGAGCGAAAGGAAGGAGGAGGGACAGAGCGAGCAAGGGGAAAGACCAAAUAGUUCUGUGAAUAUUGCAUCCUCCGUCAAUCGUCGGCUGCAUGUCAAUGAACUAGCGUCGAACGGCAAACGGCAAACGGCAAACGGCAAACGGCGAACGGCGAACAGUGAAUAGCGAAGGAAGAGAAAUUGACGGUUUCGAAUUGGUGUAGGUGCACGCAUCGUGAGAAAUCGAAUUUCUCCAACAUUUGAAUUCUUUAUUUCUUUAGGUAAAAACGUUGGACUCCCUGAUUUCAUUGAAGCGUUGAUAACUGAUUGAAAGAUGAACCGAAACUGCCUUUCAAGCUUUCUAACUUUCUCAAGUAACUUUACAAGAAUUUGCUAUUUGGAUGCAACCUGCAUCCUCCAUCCUGCAUCAUCUUUCGAUCUAUCCGGUCCAACAGAAGUGCUUGGAUCAAGUUGAUGUUUGAUGAUUUAAACGAUUGCUAGAUAGAAGCUUACCGACAGCGUACAAGCAAGGUUGCAAGGUUGCAGGGGUGGCGCCUACGGCAAGGUCCGAAACGAACGAACAGUGGAGGGUUGUGGAGGGUUGUGGAGGGUUGACGCGGUGGGGUGUUGGAACGAGAAACGCUUCUCGUGAAAGUGUCGGGGUGGAUUGGCGCUAUCAUCAUAUGGAGGCAAACGGGGCGCCGUGUUAGGCAUUCCAGCCUGCACGGACGCCUUGGUGUUGCGAAACCCCAAGGAGUUGCGAAAUCUAUCAAUUUUCGAUCGGCAAGUGUUGAUUAUAUGUAAUAAAAAUGGCGGCGAGCAAACCACCGGAAAUGAAUUACACGUGUGAAAUUUGUGGCCUGGAGGGUUUCAACGACGAAGAGAUGAGGUCUCAUAUGGUUUUCUAUCAUCUACAAGGGGCUGCUAAUUGUCCGUUUUGCGAUUUAGGAGAAAUUUCGCCGACGGAAAUGUUGGCUCACGUUAAUAGUGCUCACCUUGAUUACUUAACACCAAGUACUCCAGAGAACGAUAUGAUGGCAUUCAUCGACGAUGAUUCCCUGGUGGAUGACCGUAGACACGAAGAAUGCCGUGGUCCUUGUCCUUCUCCAACCAUGUCUCCGAGCCCGCCUCUUCUUCAGAACGGUUGGAGCAGUUCGCUUAAUUCACGUAUUAAACAGCAGCCAGAAAUAGCAAAGUCUGAACCACAGAUUCCUAGUUCUAAUGUGAAUAACAACAACAAUAACAAUAACAUUGGGAAUGUUAAUAAUGUGAUAGAAGGCGCAGCUGGUCAUGGUUCUCCGUUGCGUUCAGGCCUAAAUCUGCAACUGCGUUCCCAUGCUUCGCCAAAACUUCCGGUUCAAGAGUGCCCCAUGUGCCCGUACAGUUCCGAUAGUCCGCUGAGGCUAGAGGAGCAUAUUAAUAGGCAACAUUUUGAUCUCACGUCGCCGUCCUUCCCACCUGAAUCACCACCGUCUCGCGAUAGCGUCUUUAACUGCCCUCUCUGCAUUACAUCUUUUCCAAAUUCUUCUGAUCUAGAAUUACACGUCAACAUAGAGCACAAAGAUAUUUUAAGUCCUGCAAAUGGUGCAGCUUCACAGGCUGCUCAAGCAACCAAUGGCGGCGAUACUCCUGCAUGUCCAGUUUGUUUCAGCACUUCGUUUAAAAAUAAUGACGAUCUAACAGCACACAUUGAAGAACAUUUUAGUAAAAAGUGUACUCCAUCUCCGAUAACUCCAGACUUAUCAACCGAUAGGAUGCUGGCAAAAGACAUGGAAAGACUGGAGAAGGAACUUGGAAAGUUACGCGAGCAACGGGAAUUUGAAAUGUUAAGGGCGCAAUAUGGGAUGGACAAUCAGGGCAAUUUUCGAGAACAAAGUGUUACUAAUAUGCAGCGGGCUGUGUAUUCUGGUGAAAUGACAAUUGCCGAUUAUUACGAAAGGCAAAGCGAACUCAGAGUAGCCGAAAGUAGCGGUAUCGACGACGGCAGUUCUUGUACACGAGGACUAGUGCCCAAGAUACGAGCUGUUAGUCAAGCGUGUAGUAAUGUAUUGAGCACCUGGAUGUGUUCUACCGUAGACCAUUAUGCCACUACUUACGGAGACAAAGGCUGGGGAUGUGGUUAUAGAAAUUUGCAAAUGUUAAUUUCUUCGCUUUUACAACAUACAGGGUAUAACGAAUUAGUUUAUAAAGCGUGGAAUUCUGGUUUGAGCGGUAGCAGUUCUGCUAAGCAUCCGCUUCGAAGUUCGAUACCAUCGAUCUCUAGACUUCAAAAAAUGAUCGAGUGGGCUUGGGCUCAAGGUUUCGAUACUCAAGGAGCGGAACAGUUGGGAGGAAAGCUAGUGAAUACUAGAAAAUGGAUUGGUCCCACAGAAGUAGUUAUAUUAUUAUCUAGUCUCAGAAUUAAGUGUCAGUUGGUAGAUUUUUAUAGACCAACCAACUCCGACGGCGGACAUCCUGAGAUGUUUAACUGGGUUUUACAAUACUUCCAACGGUGCGAUGAUUUCAAGCCCCCUCUUUAUUUGCAACAUCAAGGUCAUAGUAGAACAAUAAUAGGAGUAGAACAAUUAAGAGAUGGUUCAAUAACUAUGUUAGUACUUGAUCCAAGCCAUAGUCCAGCACAAAUGGCACAAUUUAACAGCACCAGUAGUGCACUCGGUGCGAUGCGUUUAGUACGAAAAUCGAUUGCAGCAAUGAAAGCAAGACAGUAUCAAGUUGUUGCUGUUACCGGUAUCAUGGAGACUGAUCUCGAGUAUCACGAAAGCAAAGUAUUAUGUUUGAUUCGCGUACCUCAAGAUAGGUGAGAUUUGCUGACCCGAACAAGAGUGAAAUCUUUUGGAAAGACGAUAGACUGCCUCAAACCAAUUUUUUCUGGCAUCCUUAAAGUUACAUGAUCGCAGUGUUAUAGGUUUUAUCAUUAGGAGAUUUGCUCCACCAUAGUAGUUGCAAAAUAAUAUUAUUUAACAAUAUAUUCUUGCAUUUUUUAGCCAUUAUAAAUGGAUUGGCUCCUCGAAUGAUAUAGAUACGUGUAAGUUCGUGUCGCGAUUAAGAGAUUCGAAGCUGAAAUUGAUUAAAUCGCGAGAAAACAGGAAACAGAAAACAGAAAACAGAAAACAGAAAACAAAUCUCUAUACAUAUACAUACAUAUAUCGCGCGUAAUGAUUCCCAUUUUAAUCGAUAAUCGGUUCUGAAAAUAUUCUAUUACACAUGACAUGUGUGCUCGGGAAAGAAAGUUACAGUUAGAAACUAUAUAAAUGAUUUAAAAAGAAAAAAAAUCAAUUUGAUCGUCGUUUCCUGUUCAUAAUAUUCUGCUCAAUUUUCGUCGCACCGAACAGGCUGUGCUAAUUUUUAGUCGACCAAUCGUCCCACGCCGGUCGGUUGCAUCAACGAAAAACCCAUGGCAGAGCUUGAAAAACGAGACUCUUUCGUAGCUGUGAUGCUGUUAUCGAUUUAACGCUAAUCAAUCGUCUGAUUACAAAUAUUUUUGAAGACACUCCAUAUGAUCGAAAUAUUAAAAGAAAGGCAUUGCCCGCGCUUAUCUUCUUUCACCUGUACUUAACAUUUGUAAUAAAUAUUCUUGUCAAAAUAUUGUCAAUUUUCAGUUGUCAAUUAUAAAAAAUACCAUUAGAAUUAAUACAUCGUAAUACGUACCAGAAUAAAAUUUUAUCUACCGUAUUUUUCUUAUCAUCGUUGCUUUUACAUCGCUUUGGAGUGUCUACAAGAAUAACAAACAUAUUUCCAUAUAUUCUAUAUACAUUUAUCUGUAUACUAUACACAUAUUUGCACACUCUUCGUUAUAUUACACUUUACUCACUCAUACAUCAAGUACAACUACUUUUCAUACUAAUUAUAAAUAUUCUAUUUGAUUGUUUCAUUAUUUUAAGGCUAUCCAUACUUAAACUUGUAAGUUGAAUUCAAUGCUGUGACUGAAAGAAAGCAAAACAAAACACUACAGUCCAUUACCUUGUUACAUUAUACGCUUAAGAAGAAGAAGAAGAAGAAGAAGAAGAAGAAGAAAAGAAGAAGUUAAGUGAUUUACAAAAUUAUUAUUAUUAUUACUAUAUCAUUACAAUCAUCAUUUAUAUCGAUAUCAUUAGUAUCACACUUCUCACUCAUCAUCGUCAUUAUUAUUAACAUUAUUAUUAUUAUUAUUAUUAUUAUUGUUGUUGUUGUUGUUGUUGUUGCUGUUGUUAUCGCAACACUUACUGUAUCUGAUAAAUGAUAAAUGAUAUUCACACAUACACACACCUACUACUAACAGUUGAAAAAUACUGAAAAUCAUUAGAGAAUUUAAUGUUCAUUACAAUGAAAAAACAUUAUCGUUUUAUGGCUUUAAAAAUUUAUCAAAUGUACUAAUCGAAUGAAAAUUCGUCUUUCUGCUCGGUAGGACCAGAUGCAAUAAUAAUAAUGACUGACAGCAAAGAUACGAUUAUCAUUUAUAUUGAAUUGUGCACAGAAAAAUUAAGAAUAUGUUCAACAUUUUGGAGUGUGGAGGCAAAUUAAGCCAUGGAAUUGUUAUGCAAGUGUAAAAAGAAUUUCACAUUAACCACAUGUCGAACUAAAAUAUAUGCUUUGUUAGAAUUCCCAA